AUGGCUCUAUUUGAGAAAAAAUAUACAAAUAAAGUGUUAUUAGAUGAUACUGAAACUUUGGUAAGCGUAAUUGAAAAUGCAAGAACUAUUGAUGGUCAUACAGAAUACGUGAUCAGAACACAAAGAGGCCCCUUACCCGAAAAAUCUUGGCGUGUUAGCAGACGUUAUAAUGACUUUGUACAGCUCAAUGGAGUUUUAUCUAUGUCAGGCUUGGACCUGCCGUUGCCUCCUAAAAAAAUUAUUGGUAAUAUGGAUGUAGAAUUUAUAGCCCAACGUCAAAUCGCCUUGCAAAAUUAUUUAAACGUUGUACUAAUGAAUCCCAUAUUAGCUUCAUCGUUGCCUAUGAAGCAUUUCCUCGAUCCCAACAAUUACGCUAUACCUUUACAUGAAAUAGCAUUACAACAAGUGUCUCUAGCAUUGAGAAGCGAUGCAAAUUUCGAAAUUGGAAAGCCAAUUGUCGAUAUGGGAUGGCGGCUAAGAAAGCAUUAUUAUACCGUAAAAAAUCGUCAAAAUAUAAAGCAAGAAUUGCUUUUGGCUUGGGUAGAAUUUGGACCUGAUAAACAUUUACAAGACAAAGAUAUCCAGGGUGUUUUCAAAAGCCUGGGAACAUUGAAGCACCCUCACAUUGAGAGCAUAGUUCAUCAGCAUGUAACCGACAAUGGUGCUUUGACAAUUAGAAAUUUUUACAACAAUGGUACCUUGCGUGACGUUCUUUGUAACUCAAAACCAAAGCAACCGUUCAUUAAGAAGUACGGAAAUCCAAAGCAACCAAAAUCACUGAUCACAUCUGAAAUCGCCACGUACGCAUAUCAGAUUCUUGAUGCACUGAGUUAUCUCGCUGAAAAGGGACUACCUUACGGUCAUUUACAUACCGGUAAUGUUCUUAUAACACCAACGGGAGCUAAGCUACUGGACAUAGAAAAUGGAUUGUUGGGUUUGCCAGCUUUUUAUCGGCCUUACGUUGUCCAGAGGCGAAAGCUUCAUGCUACUACUCAGGUAGAUGUAUAUUCAUUUGGUCAUGUCUUGUAUGAAAUGGCAUUUGGCAGGCCAUUGCUAGAAGCUACUUGCACUGACAUUCCUCACUGCGAUCCUCACUUGAAAAAUCUUUUGGAAGUAAUUCUUUCACCUGAAGCACUCAAACAAGAUCUUCCUACAAUUGCUCAGCUUAUUGAGCACCCGUUCUUCGAAACUCCUAGACGUGCUGCUGCGCUAUCAGCUAAUCCUGUUGAAAAACCCCACUUUAAAUUGAGCAGCCAUCUUAAAGAUGCUCUUUUGGAGGCUGCUAAUAAGGCAGAGCAAAGACUGAGAGAUGAACAGAAAGUUGUUAGACACCAAAAAAGACUUGUUAAAGUCCAGGAAUUGAUGAGCUCUGAAGAAGAGAUGAAAAAACGAAAACAAAAAUUGAAAAAAGAAACAAAAUUGGCCCAAGAACAACAAUCAUCAAGUCAACUCAAUAGUUCCAAUGGUAAAAGCCCAGAAAGGUCAGAUAGUCCUACAAGUACAUCUACUACGACUAGUCUUGGUACUUUUACUCCUCCAUCACACGGUGUGACUACAAUAUCGAGCAACACCGUAAAAAAUAAUAAUGAAAAUCAUGUGCCAUUCACGGAUGCAUCAGCUGGUGCUUUAAAUGUACCAACAGGUACAAAUGAUCGUUCUGCCUUAUUAGGCAGUAUAUGUAAUUUUAAUAAAGGAAAAUUACGCAAGAUUACCAAUGGUAAUCAUUAA